CCCAAAACUUUGGAAACUCAUAUUUCCCAUCGACUAGAAAAAAACAUCAUAAUGGCAGCAAACUCUGUUGUACUUAUCCUCGGAUCUGGGCCUAGGAUUGGCGCCUCCGUCGCUGAGACAUUUGCAAGCAACGGCUACAAAGUUGCAGUUGCGUCUAGGAAGGGAACAGGCGCCAAAACCGCCGAAGGCUUCCUCUCCCUCAAGGCAGACUUCACCAAGCCCGACUCGAUCCCAGCACUGUUCGAUGCAGUUAAGACCGAAUUCCACACCGCUCCAAGCGUCGUUAUUUACAACGCAGCGGCGCUCUCCAUGCCUUCCGAUAAGGACAUAGUUCUUUCGGUCCCAGCGGAGACAGUUGCGUCUGAUUUGAACAUCAACACUAUUAGCCCGUACGUCGCAGCGCAGCAGGCUAUCAGCGGCUGGGAGACACUGCCCAAGGACACCAAGAAGACAUUCAUAUACACCGGCAACAUCUUGAACGUCUCCAUUGUUCCCAUGCCAAUGAUGUUGACCUUAGGCAUGGGCAAGUCGGCUUCGGCAUUCUGGAUUGGGCUUGCUGACAUGACGCUUGCAGCCCGAGGAUUUCGAUUCUUAUAUGCCGAUGAGCGCAAGGAAGAUGGUACAAUUAAAGGGCAUGAGAUCGACGGCGCUGCCCAUGGCGAAUUCUUUGCCCAGUUGGCAAACCAUGAGGGGAAUGUUCCUUGGCACGCCACUUUUGUGAAGGGCAAGGGUUAUGUCCAAUUCAAGUAA